AGAAGUGGAAGGAACAAUUCAUUCUCCCGUUUCUCACGAUUUCCUAGUAUUCGCAACCACAACACAGCCGAAGAAGGAAAACAAUGGCGUCGAACGCGGCGGUGCCGUUCUGGCGUGCAGCCGGCAUGACUUACAUCACCUACUCCAACAUAUGCGCCAACCUCGUGAGGAACUGCUUGAAGGGACCUUACAAGACUGAAGCCCUUACUCGUGAGAAAGUCCAUUUCUCCAUCUCCAAGUGGACCGAUGGCAAGCCUGAAAAGCCCACUCUCCGCUCUGAUUCGCCUGAAGAAUGAGUUGCAAGUUCGGCCAUCGAAGUGUCCGAGACAGGAAGGAUUUUAAUCUAUUUUUUUGUAAUUUUUCAGUAAUGUCUGAAACAUUAGAACAGGUUUCAGGCUUUGAGAUGAUGCUGAACGUCAUAAUAAUAAUGCAUUUUGGGAGACACUUCGUGGGUUA